AAUUACCAGAAUGGAGGAGCAUAUUGUUUCCAUUGAGGAGCUGUACUCGAAGAAGGUUGUCAAAAGUGGUGAAGGAAGCAGCAGCCACGACCGGCCUUCCAUUAGCAGGGAGGAAAGGUUUAGAAGUUUAACAGAGGUAGCUGCAGGAGUCCAAACGGGAGUUGUUAAAGAGGCAAAAAUACAGAAGGUUAUAUUCUUGCUGCGAGAUCACAAGCAUUUCGUUAAGUACUUUGAGCCAAGAGUGGUAGCUCUUGGUCCUAUCCACCAUGACAACAAAAAGUACCAGCUCGGAGAGAAAUACAAGCUUAUAUUGGCGAAUAAGUUCGUCGAAUGUAGCGGGAAGAGUAUAGAAGUUUUAUACGAGGCGGUUGUGAAUGAAAUCAAGCAACUGAGAGAAUGCUUCGAGGAGGAAGUGACAAAAAAGUAUGAUGAUGAGGCACUCGCCUGGAUGUUGUUCGUUGAUGGCUCCGCAAUAGUACAGUAUAUAUUCAGUGCCGUAAAUAACAAGUUCAAAGAGUUGAAUAUAAAAAUCGACAGCAUAACUUUCGCUCAACAGGAUUUGUUCUUGCUGGAGAACCAAGUUCCCUAUCGUCUCCUCAACUUAUUGAUGAACUUGAGCGGGAAGAAUGACGAGUUGAGAAUAUCAAUUGGAAGUUUCAUUGGAAGCUUUCGUUCGGAGCCGGCCCAUCUUCUCGACCUUUUGAGAACAACACUCUUGGGAGCACAAAAAGAAGAAGAAAACAAUUUAACAAACAAAGCCUCGAGUUCUCCAGGGUCCUCAAAUUCCGAACCACCCUCCAGAAAGACAUGUGGAAUAUGGCCACAUAGAAAGAAAGGUGGAGAGGACCCAGAUUGGCAAUCGUAUCGCAACGUGCAGGAGCUUAAAUCAGCAGGAAUCCAACUGAAACAGAGCAAGAAUAGUAACUUGAGAAACAUAAGUUUCACUAGAAAAUUCGGUUUCUACCCGGGAUACCUUUGGCUUCCUCCAAUUAAAGUGGACGACUCAACGGGCCCCAAGUUCAUGAACUUGAUAGCUUACGAGAUGUGCCUGGAUUUUGACAACGACUUCGGCAUUACCUCUUAUAUAUCCUUCCUAGAUUCACUCAUCGAUGAAGUCAACGACGUAAAAGAUAUGAGGAAGGCACACGUGCUGUACAACCUCCUCGGCAGCGAUCAAGAAGUGGCUGACCUCUUCAAUGAGAUAGGCACUGACUUGGUGCCUAAUAUCGAAGCUUAUGAGGAUGUAAAGUUGAAGAUUCAGAGCUACUACGAUAACAAUUGGAUGACAUGGAUGGCUCAAUUCUUUCACGAUCAUUUCAGCAGCCCUUGGACUAUCCUUGCUUUCUUGGGCGUAUUAUUGGGACUUGUUCUAACUGCCGCUCAGACUCUGUACGCAGUGAUGGCCUCUCAACCUGGACCCUGCGAAAAAUUCUGCAAGCUGAAAUUAAAGGAAACUUAAGAUGACGGAGAAAGUACUAAGAAUUUGUUUGCUCUUCAUACCAUCUACUUAGCUAAGCUCACAUGCAUGGUUUGUUUCUGUGCCUUAGAUGACGUUCGAUUGUUUCCAAGAAUAA